AUGUCUUCCUCCCAAGACCCCUCGAAAGCGCGCCCCAUCCCGUCGGGCAGCUUUUCGACCACCUCGCAGCCAGACCAGAGCUUGGUGGGAUCCCCAUCCCGCGCGUCGACCACCGCCCGGCUAGCCAACCCCGUGCCCGUGGGCUCGCCCAGCGGUCGCUCUACCCCCAAUGUCCAGCCCGAAGUUGGCAGCAACGAGCCGCUGGCAGGUGCGUCGGGCACCUCCGUUCCAGGUCCGGGACCUUCAUCGCUUUCUCAAGCUCUUCGAGGAAGCCAGCAGUCUCCUUCAAGAUUCGGGAUGCGAGAAUCGCAGGGCACAAAGCGGUAUGAGAGCCCAGUCAGAGGCGACAAGUCAGGCUACGAGUCAUUCGCACCGCAAUCGUAUAGCACACAGCUGGGGACGAGUCCGAGUGUGAAAGAGGAUAUCGAAGUGCUGAAGAGACAUUUGGUGAAUCCGCAGCAGGCAGGAUCAGAGCCUGGAUCGUUCAAGAAAGGGGGCAACUUUCCGACUGAGCAAGUAGGAUCUGGGCCGGGAGAUGACGAAGAGUUCUCGAGUCUUCAGCUGCAAGGAGGUGACACUCAUCGUCAUAUCUAUCGCUACGCCGAGAAGAGAGAACGGGAACAAGAGAGGGAUGCCGGCAAGCUUCGAAGGAGCAUGAGUUACAGCCAGCCCAAGACGGAUGGAGACGAUGAUGAUAUGUCGUUCAUACAAAAGCCGGGUGGUUUCCGCCGAGAUCACCUACGGAGAGCGGCUGCUUCUCCAGCUCCCUCGAGUAUCAAUCCUCGGCGAGGCUACGGCACGGUCAAUCGCGCUGCAGGUGGGCCUGCUGGGGAACCUACAAAACCUCAAUUCGUCACGAACAACUUCAUCGAAUUCCUAACAUUAUACGGCCACUUCGCUGGUGAAGAGCUGGAAGAGGACGACGAAGUUCUUGAAGCAGACGAAUACUUCUCGUCGGACGCCUACGAAGGAGCCACCACCGACGCCGAAGAUGAUCGAUCAGACCGCGAAUGGGGCGAGGACUCGGCACUUCUCACACCAGGCAAAAGGAGACGAAAGCGAAAGGUUCGAGCAGAGGGCAAAGGAACACCUUUUGGUGCUGCUAUGCUCCUGCUCAAGUCGUUUGUCGGCACUGGUGUCCUCUUCCUUCCACGGGCCUAUCUCAACGGCGGCAUGUUGUUCUCCAACGUGGUCCUCUUCGCGCUUGCUGCCCUAUCCUACUACUGCUUCAUCCUCCUGGUCAGCAUUCGCCUGAAAGUACACGCAUCCUUCGGCGACAUGGGCGGCAAGAUAUACGGCGCCUACUUCCGCAACCUCAUCAACUUCUCCCUGGUCAUAUCCCAGAUCGGCUUCAGCAGCGCUUAUAUCGUCUUUGUGGCAGAGAAUCUCCGCGCAUUCGUCCUGGCUGUCACUCGCUGUCGCACAGACGUCAAUGUCGGCUUCAUGAUCUUGGCCCAGAUGAUCAUUUUCUUGCCCUUGAGUCUCUACCGCAACAUCAACCAUAUUCAGAAGAUGGCACUCCUCGCCGACUUGUUCAUUCUUCUUGGUCUCGUCUACGUCUACUACUACGACGUCUACACGAUUGUCGCACAACAUGGCCUGGGCGACUACAAAAACUUCAACGCCAAAUCCUGGACUCUUCUCAUUGGUACCGCAAUCUUCACAUUUGAAGGCGUUGGCCUGGUCAUUCCUAUCCAAUCCGGCAUGGCCGAGCCCAAGAAGUUCCCCAAGGUCAUGGCCACCGUUAUGAUCAUUGUCACGGUCGUCUUCAUCUCUGCGGGAGCUUUAUCCUACGCUGCGUACGGAUCCCACACAAAGACCGUCAUCCUCCUCAACAUGCCUCAGGACGACAAGCUAGUCAAUGCUGUGCAGUUCAUCUACUCGCUCGCCAUCCUACUCAGCACACCUCUUCAGAUCUACCCGGCCAUUGAGAUCACGAGCCAACAGCUCUUCUCGCGGACGGGUAAAUACAACCCCUGGAUCAAGUGGAAGAAGAAUAUUUUCCGGUUCUUCAUGGUCGCGUUGUGUGCGACCAUCGCUUGGGCGGGUGCAAACGAUCUCGACAAGUUUGUGAGUUUGGUGGGAAGUUUUGCGUGUAUCCCGUUGGUGUACAUCUAUCCACCCCUCAUGCACUACCGCGUCGUCGCAACUCGAACCUGGCAGCGAGUGGUGGAUGUCCUGUUGGUGAUAUUUGGUUUCUUGAUUAUGAGUUACACGACGGCAUUGACGAUCAUCGCGUGGGUAGAUGGGCAGAAGGACUCGUCGCCUGGCUAUUGCGAUGGGUUGAAGAAGGGGUUCUAG